AUGAAGAACGUAGCGAAAUGCGAUACUUGGUGUGAAUUGCAGAAUCCCGUGAACCAUCGAGUCUUUGAACGCAAGUUGCGCCCCAAGCCUUCUGGCCGAGGGCACGUCUUCCUGGGUGUCACAAAUCGUCGUCCCCCCAUCCUCUUGAGGAUAAGGGACGGAAGCUGGUCUCCCGUGUGUUACCGCACGCGGUUGGCCAAAAUCCGAGCAAAGGACGCCUGA